AUACAAUCCCCUCCGCUGUGGGCACUGCAACUACAAGACAUUCCAAAGAGAAGAAGAAUUGUGCACGAUGUCUUUCCCGCCAGAAACGACCGAGAAGCUCAGGACAUUUGUCUUGAAAUUAUUAAACGAUUCGAACUCGGAUCAACACAAUACGCAGUCACAGCAAUCUCUGUACACACUGACGGAACCAGCAUCCCACACAUCCACGUCAUUCACGACUGUAGCUGGAGCAACGGAAGCUGCAGAUGUGUUGCAUUCAGUGGCUUCGCUAGAAGACCAAACCGCUCGUCUAUUUGGUCUACAAACGCAACCGCUUGGGACUUCUUCCAUCUUAUCCAGUAUUUGUAUAGCCACCCCCGAGUCCUGGUAUACUUUAAAGUGGGAAGAGCAGAUUGGGCUGCUGACUGUAGAGCUCAAGAUAUGGGACAACGCAGGCAUUCGGGACACGAAUCCUCAAGAGUUUUGGAAAUACUGUACACGCAACCUGCGUGUGCAACUCCAUGCAACGACGCAAGCGGAAGUUCGGCAAGCAAUCCAAACGAUCAUUCGCUAUGCGCACGAGAGAGUAACCAAGCAAAAGCCAGAAAACGUCAAAAGAGAGCAGCGGAAGAACCCCUCUAUGACUGGCUCAGGGAGAACCCAGUAUCGCCACUAACCAACAUCGUGAGAACACCAAAGUGGCUGUCCGAUCCCCACAUGAGAUUUAUUAGACUCGAUGACAAGCACUUGCAAAGGGCCAUUCAAGUGUUCAAUGACGAAAUGUGUACCUAUACAACAUUGGACUUUAUCGAAAUGUAUAAAAAUACUCAGCCACUGUUCGAUGCUCCCCACGGUGAUUUAAGUUCUUUUUAUAUGACUGUGGAGGACUCGUAUAAAGCCGUCAUCGAACUGCUAAACUUUCAAUUCGAUGAAAACCAAAAUGAAAUUUCCGACUUUGUAAACAACCUCUAUAUGCUCGUUGAAAAAAUUGUGCCCAAAAAAAACUGCAUCGAAGUGGUGUCUCCCCCGAGUGCUGGAAAAAACUUUUUCUUUGACGCUGUGCUUUCUUUUUAUAUAAACAGAGGAACUAUCCGUAACUUUAACCGCUUCUCUAACUUUCCCCUUCAAGACACAGUGGGUCGACGUAUACUCUUGUGGAAUGAGCCCAACUGCGAAUCUGCUGCCUUUGACACAGUGAAAAAGAUCUUCGGUGGUGAUGUAGACUCUGUUGCUGUUAUAGCACACUGA